GAGAGGAGAAAAAAAAACUAAAAAAUAAUAAUAAUGCUGUUUAGAAAAACCACGAACUCUUGACACAGUAGGAUGCUAUAUUUAAGCUUCUCACAGUUUUUUUGUUUGUUGUUCUGUCAACGACAUCAGCCUACAUGUUUCUGAGGUGUGUGUGGGGUGGGGGGGGAGUUAGGCGAAGGGAGGGUUACUCAUUUUUAUUUGUUUGGGUUUUAUUUUUUUAGUUUUUAUUUUUAGCUUUAACUAUUUUAAAGGAGAGGGGGAGAUGCAAAAACAUUGCUUGUUUCUACAUAAACCAAAUUGUUUUGCUAAAAAAAGAAAAAAAAGAAAAGAAAAAUUGGUAUUAAUGUUUGGGUCGUUCCUAGUGCUGCACAAACAUGGGCGGGACCGGUUUCACUUCAGCCAAUCCGGUUAAAGGUGGCAAGGUGCACACAUGGUUGAAGGUAUCUUCCGAGUGAUUGGAGCAGGUCGUAGCAUCGAGAUGCCACCAGAUCUAACCCAACAUUUCCAUUUCCACACCAAACCGUCUGAAAUGUCUUCAGCACCUGCUGCCUACCUGCCCAUGCUAAUGGUUUUAUAUCAUAAUGACACAUAAAUACUGUGUUUAAGGGCAGAACAGAUCCCUGUAGCUGAGUCUGUCUGUACACCGGAGGUUCCCAAACUCAAGUGUGUGUGCUGGCUCCUGAUCGGUUAUUCAGAAUAGAUCUGUUUCAGAUAUUACUGUAUUCGAUGACACCUGAGUCUGUUAGUGUGGUGUUAGCAUGUCUGUGUACCUUUGCCAGCUAAUCACCUGAGUCUGUUAGUGUAGUGUUAGCAUGUCCAUGUAGCUUUGCAGGCUAUUCACCCAAGUCUGUUAGUGUUAGCAUGUCUAUGUACCUUUGCCAGCUAAUCACCUGAGUCUGUUAGUGUAGUGUUAGCAUGUCUGUGUACCUUUGCCAGCGAAUCACCUGAGUCUGUUAGUGUUAGCAUGUCUGUGUACCUUUGCCAGCUAAUCACCUGAGUCUGUUAGUGUUAGCAUGUCUGUGUACCUUUGAUGGUUAUUCACCUGAGUCUGUUAGUGUAGUGUUAGCAUAUCCAUGUACCUUUGCCAGCUAAUCACUUGAGUCUGUUAGUGUUAGCAUGUCUGUGUACAAUUGACUGUUAUUCACCUGAGUCUGUUAGUGUGGUGUUAGCAUGUGCGUGUACCUUUGCUGGCUAUUCACGCCAAGACCUUUGAAGAGAGGACUUCCACCACAAUGUACUAGAAGGUUCCAAGCUCUAAGCUGGUUUGAAAUGGCUGAAUACUUGAUUUGUUAGUUAAGUAAUGUAAGUUAAUGCUCUGGGUUGUUUUUGUGAGGGUUUCUUCUUAUUUUUGUUCUUUAAAGUUCUUCUGUUUUACUACA